UGAACCAAACAGAAAACUGAAAAAGAUUGACAGGAGACGAAGAAGAAAACAGUUUUCUAUCCCUUCGUAUCAUACCAUUGCUGAUCUGUUGUUUCCUCUCUCUCUCUCAUGGAAACCAUUCUCUCUCCUCACUCUUUCUGUCCUCUCCUCAAUCCCAAAACUCCAUCUUCAAAGACCAUUCUCUCUCCACCUCUCCAACCCAGAUCAAACUCACAAUGUCUCACCAAACCCAUUUGUUCUAACCUCAAAAUUGAAUCUUCUAAACCAAUCAAACAGUCUUUUCCAAUACCCACAAGCUGGUUUUCUCACGCACGCCAUGGAUUGGCAGCUCUAGCUCUCUCUUUAGCACUCAACUUCUGCCCAAUUUUGCCCAGUAGCUCUGCAUUAGCAUCUGAAUUUGAUGUACUAAACGAUGGGCCGCCCAAAGAAUCGUAUGUAAUUGACGAUGCAGGUGUGCUCAGUCGGGUGACAAAAUCCGAUUUGAAGCGUUUGUUAUCGGAUUUAGAGUCGAGAAAGAACUUCCACGUUAAUUUCAUCACUGUUCGCAAGCUCACUAGCAAAGCUGAUGCUUUUGAGUAUGCUGACCAAGUUUUGGAGCGUUGGUAUCCCUCAGUUGAAGAAGGCAACAACAAGGGCAUUGUAGUGCUUGUUACUAGUCAAAAAGAAGGGGCAGUCACAGGUGGCCCUGAAUUUGUCAAAGCUGUAGGAGAUACCAUUCUUGAUGCCACUGUAUCAGAGAACCUUCCUGUCCUAGCAACGGAAGAAAAGUACAAUGAAGCACUUUAUAGCAGUGCCAAACGGCUAGUCGCUGCCAUUGAUGGGCUUCCAGAUCCUGGUGGCCCCUCAUUCCAGGAAAACAAACGAGAAUCCAACUUCAAAUCCAGGGAGGAGACAGAUGAGAAAAGGGGACAAUUCACUCUUGUGGUUGGAGGAUUGUUAGUGAUUGCAUUUGUUGUUCCUAUGGCACAAUACUAUGCUUAUGUCUCCAAGAAGUGAGUUUAACUGUUGUAUUAAAAUUAUGCCUCUAUCAUGGACUUUGGAGGAACAUGUAAAAAUCAUUGUACAAAUGGUCAUUUAUAGCAAAUAUUUGAUGAGAAACAGGCUAUCAAAGGAUGGAUAUGGAAUUUUGGAUUCUAUGUUUA